AUGACCAGUGAGGCAGUGGUGAGCGUUUCGAAAAAAGCAAAAAAUGUUGAUGUAACAAAGUUGGAAUAUCUAUCAAAUGAAUUGUUGAUGGAAUUACUUGAGUACAUUGACCUUUACAAUUUAUGUCGCUCAUUUUACAAUCAGAACUUUCGUUUGAAUGCAUUGAUUGAUAACAGAUCAGUCAAAUAUCGUACUAAUUUAUCAACAUCGAAAAAAUUUUCUUAUUUUUGUUGUAUGAUGCGAAAUAAAUAUAAUCGAAUUAUCUCAUUAACAGUGUCGGGUGACAGCUGUAUUCCUAGAUUUACAGCAUCAACGGUUCUCGAUGAACUGGUGGCUCUUCGUUCACUGACAUUAAAUGAAAUUACAACUAAGCAACUGGAAUUGAUUGUUCGUAAACUAACACGUUUGCAUCAAUUAGUGUUUAUAAAUGUUACACUGACUCAGUAUUUCUUCUCCCUCGAUAUUCAUCAUGCUUGUCGGCUGCUGCUAUACGAUAUUCCAUCGUUGAAGUCAGCUGUCAUCGAUUCAGGAACUAAUGUAAUUGUCAAAAUAUCAGAAAGUCUCCUGAAUAUAUCGAAUUUAGAUACGUUAACGUUUGCAGGGUGUCAAUCAAAUGUUUUUGAUUUCAUUCCGUUAGUCCGUCAAAUGCCAAAAUUACGUUCGCUCAAUAUUUCCUUACACCAAAAUCUGAUAUCAUUUGGUGUACUGUUGAAUACUUCGUCGUUUAUGCAUUUUAAUCUUGUUCGUUUAAAUCUAAAGAUCUUUAAUUUAUCGUUUGACCAUUUGUGUGAAACAUUGAAAAUUGUGCCAAAUGUCAAACAAUUAUCGAUCGGUGGUUGCAUAAGAGAUCCUAUAUUUCUGACUAGUGAACGAUGGAAACAGUUGCUACUGCAUGGAUCGUUAUCAAAAUUGGUAGAAUUCAUGGUCUCGAUACAAAUGUCUAUAGCUGAUGUGCCAAAUAAUGACGAGUUUCGAUCGGAUCCAUAUUUAAAUCAACGAAAAUUUAAAUUUGACAAUGGAUAUCUCAGUGCUCAGUAUAAGAAGCGAUGA